UUCGCAUCGGAAAAAUCUUUUCUGACAUGCUCAUCUCGUACGAUGCCUUCGAAGCGACGGCUUAAUCAUUGCUACGCGCCUGGUUGCAAAACUGGGUACGCACGGACUGCACAUGGUCGCAAAUUGUCCCUUUUCAAAGCCCCCGCCGAUGAAGAGCGGCGACUGCUCUGGCAGAGACACUUGCGCAGGCUUGACAAGCCGCUGGACAAAGACUGCGCGGUAUGUGAGCUGCAUUUCGAACCCCGUUUUGUCCUAAGGGAUUAUGUGCACAUUGUGGACGGGACCGAAGUGCGAAUACCCAGAGGAGCGCCAACGCUUUCUCCCGAUGCAGUGCCGACUAUCUUGCCGAACUUGCCGUCCUACCUGAGUGUGAAAACACCGACACCGAGGCCCGAAAGGAAACGCCGGCAAGCGGAGGCUCCGAGGAAGAAUAAGCGCCGUCGUACAGACGACACUUCUACUUCCGCAGAUGAAGCGGAUGCUGCUCCUAUGGAAGACUCGGAAAACGGAGUAGGUGCUGACUGCGUUGGCCUUGCUGACCUUCGCAACUUACCGCUGCCAUCCAAGUCGUGGGCACCACACGAAUUUCCUAACUUUUCCGGAGUUUCCUAUGUGGCCUGUACAUUCGACUCACGCACGAAUGAAGUUGCAAUUGAGAGGGCCGUGUGUUUUGAUUGCUCUAGUACAGGUAGCGUAGAGGGCAAAGUGUUUGUCCUAGAAAAGUUGGUCGACAAGUGUCGUUUGACCACCGUAAGAGAAGCGACGGAGCUCUUACAACGGGCUGCAAGCAUUCCUUUGUGCUGUGGAGCUGUGGAAGAGUCAUUUGUGUCUGCAUCGGAGCUCACGAAAGGUCUUCACGCACGAAUGCGGUCACGAAAAGGAGCCCUCUUCAGCGUCAACUGCUCAGGGAGAUCACCAAAUGCAGGGUUACCCUGCAUACCUUGCAAGUACCUCCGCAAGUCUUUGCAAACAAGAAAGUCACGCAUUAAGAGACAAGUGGUGAAAACUACACACAGCACUGCGCAUAAAAUGCGAGCGUCGCAGAGAAAAACCAAGCGGCUUGUGUCAAAGGUGAAAACACUAAGUUCUGUUGUUGCCAGUUUGAAAAAAGCUGCUGCUGCCAACGCUGAAAGCAUUCUACAAGACAAGCUUAAAUCUUUGUCCCCCAAGCAACAACUAGCUGUGAAACAGUGUUUCCAAGCUUCAAAAAGAAAAAGCACUCGAGGCAUGUCAUUUGAUAAGGAGUGGAUGCUUGAAUGUAUUCUCCUGAAGAUGCGAAGCCCGAGGCUUUAUGAAUACAUCCGCAGGCAGAAGAUAUUGGUUCUUCCAAGCAGAACUACCAUCAGAAAAUACUUGUCAAGCUACAUGGGCAGUUUCGGGUUCAAUGAAAGCAUGCUACAAACUCUGAAGAAGAAAACCUCUGCAAUGGACGCUUUCAAAUGCCACGGCGGAUUGAUUGUGGAUGAAAUGAGUCUUUCUGAGCACUUGUCGGUGGACACUGCUGGCAAGAUCGCUGGCUUUGUGGACUUGGGCCCGUACACCCCAAAGGACCAAGCACAUCUGCUGUCAAACCAUGGCCUUGUAGUCAUGUUUGUUCCCUUGGUCGGAAACUGGACUCAGAUUUUGGGCGUAUUUGCAACCCACACAAACAUCAAAGGAGAUCUUCUCGCAAAGAUUAUUCUUGACGCCACAGUCUUGGCUGAGAGGGCAGGUCUUUUUGUCGAUUACAUAACCUGCGAUGCUGCAGCAUGGAAUAGAAAGAUGUGGCGAAUGAUGGGUGUGAAAGCAACGAGAAAGGAAACUGUAGCGAAAAAGGUCCACCCAUCAGACAACAAGCGCUUUCUACAUUUCCUCUCUGAUUUCCCUCAUCUGGUGAAAAACCUGCGGAAUAGGCUUCUACAAACUGCCUUUGACACACCAGACGGAAAGGUCUCCCUGGAGCCACUUAAGGAAGCCCUAAAGCUAGAUUCCAACAAUCUCACUCUGAAGGCAAUGCCCCGGCUAACAACAGUUCAUCUCGAACCAAACAACUUUGAGAAAAUGAGAACGUCGUACGCUUUUCAACUAUUCAGCACGGACGUUUUAAGGGGAUUCCAACUCUACAAGUCACAGCUUGAACGACGCUGCGGUGACAUUGCAGCAACACAGAAGUUUUUCAGGUUUGUAUUCCUUUAG